UCUCUAGGACAAAAAGUAAUUGUUUACCUUUGCGUUGCAGAAAUGGGUCAAAGUUAUUUUUGUGAUUACUGCGGCUGUUAUAUGAAGAGUGAUGUAAAUGUGCGCAAGCUGCACAACAAUGGCAUCUCUCACACGGUGGCCAAAUAUCGCUACAUGCGGCGCUUCGAAGAUCCCGCAAAGAUUUUGGCAGAGGAGCGCCUAAAGAAGCCAUGUCAGCGCUAUUUUAAAGGCUACUGCAAGUUUGAUCUAUAUUGCAAUUAUGGGCAUUAUAGUGAACAGGAAUUGAAGAAGCUGGAGCAGCUAGUUGCUGCGCAAAAGAAAUCCAAAACUAGGAGGCGAAAACCUAAGAAAUGGCCCUGGAAAACUCACCAUCAGAGUGGUUUACCACCCUCGCUGCGUCCAAUGGAAUUGGCAAAGCUGAAGACAACCAAUUUUGAGCUCAACUGGGGCUAAAUGUUUGUAAUUUUUACUAUGUAAAAACAAUGUUCACAAAUUAGUCUAGGAAAAGUUAAUGUGUGCACAAUUAUCGUCAUCCAUUUAAUAUGCCAAUAA